AUGCCUUCGGAUCCCAUUCCCAUCGACCCUUCCUACCAACCCAAAACUUCGAUCGUGAAAGUUCCGGCAAACGCUCCCACUGAACACAUCCUGGCCAUUAUAGAACGUGAUGGAGGAAUGAUUUUGGAGAAGCUUGUCUCACAGGGUGAGCUUGCAUCCAUCGAGGAGGAAUCGAAGCCAUGGUAUGAUAAGAAACGCCGCCACACGGAUUUAAAAGCAACUAUUGGCUCAGACGCUUUCCAUACUAUUCCGCGGCAGACAAUAGUUGUCCCAGGCCUGGUUGGCAAGUCUGAUACCAUUGCAGCAAUCUGCGAGCAUCCUGUACUUGAGCAGCUACGAGAAAUAUUCUGCGGAAUGACUUUUCCUGUGAGUCUCUCUCUGAACAUUGUAUAUGGUUCACCUAGGCAGCGGCUACACCGGGAUGAUAAUACUCACGGGGUUCGACAUCCUAAGCCCGAGGAGUGGGGUUUCCAACACGCAAGUCAAUUUGGCUGUUUGAUUGCCGGGUGCGAAGUUACCAGAGAAAAUGGGGCCACUAUGUUUGUGCCGGGGAGUCAUAGGUGGGGCGACGAUCGACUGGCGACGACAGAUGAGGUUUGCUUUGCAGGUAUUACCAAUGGAAUUCGCAAGCCCCUGAGAUUCUCUCACUUACGCCUUACAGAAAUGUCUGCUGGCUCCGCUCUCGUUUUUCUAGGGUCUGCCUUCCAUGGAGGAGGACAUAACUCCGUUCCAAACUCAGUUCGGACAAUGCACAGUCUGUUUUUCAUCCGAAGACAUCUCCGAACAGAGGAGAAUCAGUUUUUCGCCGUCCCUCAUAGCAAGGUGCGCAGAAUGAGUCCGAAAAUGUUGAAAUUGCUGGGCUAUACCAAGCCCACAACGGAACUGGGGAUUGUGGAGAAUAUCAGUCCUCAUGAGGACUUGGAAAGUACCUGGGCAAGAGCAAUGAAGUAA